CUAGAAUCUCUUGAUCCAUCAUCCCCUUUCUGUAUCGGCGGCUCGGUCACACUUGAAGAAGAUCUAUCAUACAUAGUUUUGCCUCAGCGAGUUAAUAUUAGUCUCCGGAAAAAAAAAGAAAAUAAUGGUGAUGGUCGGAGAAGCCCUGAGUCUGUCAACCUCGUCAUCCUCGUCGCUAUGCGAAUCAGAAGUCGACGAGCUAGAGAAUAUGCUGUUGCAUCCGCCGAGGCUCCCCACCAAGAAACGCCUCUCGAAACAGCUCUCGAUGUGCGAGACGAGGCGUGACAUCGCCUGGGAGCGCCGCCGCCGCCAGAUGCUCUUUCCCGGCCGCAAACGCGGCGGCGGCCGAGGAGAGACGGACCAGAACUGCGGCUUGACGGACGAAGAUCUCAGAGAGCUCAAAGGGUCGAUCGAAUUAGGGUUUGGGUUUAACGAGGAAGAAGGGCAACAACUCACGAGUACCUUGCCUGCUUUGGAUCUUUACUUCGCUGUUACCCGACAAAUCUCACCAGUUUCCACUCCGGGAAGCGGAGGAUCUACGUCAUCUUCGUCGUCGUCCAUUCUCGGUGACCGGUCGUUGUCCUUUGGCAGCCCGAGGGGCGACUCCGACUCGUUAAAAAUUCUUUCCCCGGGGGACGACCCUCAGCAGGUGAAAACAAGGCUAAGGCAUUGGGCACAAGCUGUGGCAUGCUCUGUCAUGCAAUCUCACUGAUGAUACCACACACACACAAAUAGA